GAGCCUGACGCCUGCGAUUCGGAGCUGCGCGAAACACCAAAUUUACCAGGCUCACAGCGACGCCUACUCGCAACACCAACGAAAAAAUCAGUCCCGGCAGCGAUUAAGAAGCAGCCACAAAAACCUGUCGAUAAACCCAAAAAUAUGCAGGUUAAAAAGACUGCAGUGCCCGAAAAGAACAAACCCCAGGCCCCGGUUCCACAACCCAAACCAAAGGUCCCGAUCAAACCUGUCAAGCAAAAGCCAGUCGUCCAACGGCCAAAUAAAUUCGUGCCCACAUUUGAAGAUCACGACUGUGAUGGCAUUCCUGAUGAUGAAGACGAAGACAUCGAUAAUGAUGGCCUUCUCGACAGGACCCAGGACUCUGAUCACGACGGUCUACUGAACCAUAUUGACGACGACGAUGACAAUGAUGGUAUGCGUUGA